UUUUUGCCAAAUCCCCAUGAUUAAACUAUUCUGUAAAUAUAUAGGAAUGCUCAUGUCCACUUAUCAGUUAUUACAUGAUUAAUUUCUUAACGGGUUAUCUCCCCCUGACAUUUGUUGCUGUUUGUUGGCAUGAUCUCGUCAGUUUGGAAGUGAAUAUUGGAGAAUGGAGAGCUUUACGUGUGUUCAAGAUUUUGAGGAUUCUGCCCUCAAACUCCUCCCAACACCUGUCAGAGAUUAUUAUAAGAGUGGAGCGGGGGGAGAAGUGACACUUCAGUGGAAUAUAAAAGCCUUUAAACAAUUUAGAAUCCGACCUCGAGUACUGAGAAAUGCCUCGAAGGUCGACAUGAGGACUAGAGUCCUUGGAGAGGAAGUUUCGAUGCCCCUUGGGGUGGCUCCCACGGCAAUGCAGCGGAUGGCUCAUCCGGACGGUGAAUGCGCCAACGCCAAAGCUGCGGAAAAAUCGGGAACAAUUUUCAUCCAGUCCACGAUAUCAACGAGCAGCAUCGAGGAAAUCGCAGCGAGUGCUCCGAAGGCAAUAAAGUGGUUCCAAUUGUAUGUCAGUUCAAAUCGGGACAUAACGUUGAAUUUAAUUAGGCGGAUAGAGAGGGCCGGGUUUAAAGCCGUCGUCCUUACGGUGGACACACCAUUUUUCGGAAAAAGAAGGGCGGAUGUGCGGAACAAGUUCACCCUGCCGAGUCACCUAAAGUUGGCUAAUUUUAAUGGAGAUUUGGCCACGAGCAUUAAUACUAACAGGAAUGAUGGAGCCUUUAAAGAGCUGUUUGCAAGUCUUAUCGACGAUUCGUUGGAGUGGAGGGAUGUCCAUUGGCUCAGGAGUAUCACCAAAUUGCCAAUUGUACUAAAGGGAAUUUUAACCGGUGAGGAUGCAAUAUUGGCAAUGGAACAUGGAGCCAGUGCAGUAAUUGUUUCAAAUCAUGGAGCGAGGCAAAUUGAUGGAACCGCAGCAACAAUUGAAGCUUUAUCAGAGGUAGUGAGUGCUGUUGAAGGAAGGAUAGAGGUUUAUUUAGAUGGUGGAAUUCGUACUGGGACUGAUGUAUUCAAAGCGUUAGCGCUGGGCGCUAAAAUGGUAUUCUUCGGGCGGCCGAUGCUCUGGGGCCUGACGCAUGCUGGUGAAAAAGGUGCCACAGCUAUCUUAGAGCUCAUGAGAGAGGAGAUCAGAGAAGCUCUUGCUUUAGCUGGGUGCAGCACUUUGGAAGAAGUCACAAAAGAAUUAAUCACUCAUGAAUCUGUCUACAGUCGACUGUAACUGUUGAUUUUUUUAAAUUCUACAUUUCGUUAAAAUUCACCGGAAGAGCCUUGGAAGGGCCAUAAUAAUAUCAAUAAUAAAGAAUGGAAAAAUUUCAAAUAUAAAAAGGAUUGAGUGUUAAGCUCCAACUCGGGUAAAAAAAAAUACAGUGGAGUGAAUUCAUUCACAACACAUUGGUUGGCAUUUUAUUGAAUAUAUGCGUGUUAAUUGUUCUCUGUGUUUGUGUUAAUAUUACAAUGAGCCCACACAAGCCCAAGGUAUAUUUACAUAUAUAAUGAUCUACAUAAAUACAAUUGACGCACGUAUUCGUUACGUACGUAUUCGACAUGCCUUACUCAUUCCUCCAAUGAGAUCCCUCAACAAAACCCAAGUGACCGUCAUCAUCAGAAUUAUUAUCUAACAAAAAGCCUCUUCCCCUCGAAUAAUCAUUAUUCACUGUAUUGACUGGGAUGGGUGGCUAAUGGUAGCACUUCUAUAAACUUGUCUCAUUGCAAUAAUAUAUAUUUUUUCAUUUAAUUUUCUUCAUCACUGACGAUAAUUCAAUAUCUCAGAAGGAUUUCUACUUGUUACACGUUAAAUUGUAUUCUCAAUGGGUUGUUUCCGGUCCAGAGAUAUUGUUACGAAGCGCUCGGAAGUAGCAAUUUGAAGAAGUUGAUUUUUCUUUAAUUAUAAAGUGUAAAAUUCAUUGGUCCAGAGAUUUUUUCAUUUCCUUAUUUAUAUUUUCUUUUGCACUCUUUCGAUAAUUGUGUGUCUGAGAUUGGUGUAAAUGAUAUUAAUAAACUAGCUGUACGCUACGGUAAAUUCAAUAUGUCGGAAAGGUUUUCACUUUUGAUAAUUAAUUUUAAUUGGUAUCUGAUUUUAAUGUGCACUCAAGGAAGACUCGAUUAUCCUCUGAAUUAUCUCAUCACUGGAUAUAGACCACAGCCCGCAAGCUUUUACAUCACAUUAAUCGUUCUAAACAAAGUCCUCAAAGAUGACAACACGUCUAACAACUAAUAAACACCAAGACACACAACUGCAAUAUGCAUUAUGCAUUCUCUCAAGCCCUGCAGUCAGUCUGGAACUAAUUGACAAUGUACGACAGAUCAACUUCGCUCUGGCUAUUCUUUGUUGUAUUACUGCUGCGAUUGCUUCAGAUUUUAAUUCCAUUCAAUCUCCAAAAUGAGACGAAAUCUUAUAAUUUUACACAUAUGAAAAAAUUUCAUGGAAAAAUUUUCUUUCUCUACAAGCAUCAUUAUCAUCAUCAUCUCAUUAAGUUCGAAAGCAAUUUCAUUCUAGCGGAUUUUCAUUAAAAAUCAAUUGUUUUUUUAGCGAUCAGUGUAUUGGAUGUUUAUUAAGCAAAUGUCAAGAGAGACAACAUUUUUCAGUUUAAAGUUUUUCAUACGUGUGAUAUCUCAUUUCGAUGAUUUUAGAAUCGAAGCUGCACUGAAUCUCUGAAUACAUCUCUAAAUUUAUGUUUACUUCAUUAUUAUAACUUCUGCCGAAUUUAAUAUUUUAGACGUUGAUUCACCCAACAUGGAAAACUUCCUGAGUCACAAAGAGUAUUGAGAUUUCAUUUGAAAUCAUAGAACUUGUCUCUCCAGAUUUUUUUUUUUUUUUUUUUCCGCCUCCAACCCGAAUUUAGAUUCUACUCCUACCUGUGGUCAUAGGCAGAAGGAUAUUUUUAUUUUCUCCUCAAUAUCUGUACAAUGCUGGAUAUAAUCUCCCAAAAUCAUCUGACAUCUAUGCACUCAUCUAAUUACUUUUACCCCCAAUAGACAAUUUCAUGAUUUAGAAAAAGGCAAUCUGGGAGCAAUGUUGUCUUCUUUAUAUCACAAACAAUACAUCUCAGAUUUUUUCGUUAGUUGCUUUUUUUCAUUUUUAUUAUUUUUUUCCCCGUUAAACAUAGCAUUUUUAAAAUCAUCAACAAGCUUCUGUGAGGUUGAAUCUCUCGAAUAACUACGUCUAGCAAGCUGACAUCUAUAAAAACUUUUUUAUCACGGCGAAAUGCUUGAGAUAAUUUAUUUUAUGAAUGGUCGCACCUCCACGUGGGAAAAAAUUUAACAAAAAAAAAUCGAAUGGGAAAAGAAAUUUAUGAAAGUAAAUCACUGGACUUGUAUGAUGUGCGAGGUUGUCAGGUUGUCACUAUAACAAUCCCUCUCGCUAGAUACUACUCAACAUUUUUUUCCGGCACUGUCAUUUCGAUAGACACCCCUCUUUAAUACCCUUCGAUAAUUGUCGAUUCGUUGAAGCCCCAUCACCCAAUGAAUAAGACUCGACGGCCUCGCCACUCUGUGAACAAUGAUUAAUGAUGGCUUUCUCUUCUCCAAUUUCCUUCCCAUUAUUUAUAUUUUAAAUUCAUUAAUCGAGUGAAAAUAAUGAGUACAUUAUACUAAAACUCCCUCGACUACGAUAUCCACUUGGCAGAAAAGAAAAAAAAAACUGAUGAUUAAUCCAAAGGUCGUGGAAAUAAAACACUUGCGUUCGUUGUAACACUAGACUUGAAUUAUAAUAAUAUUAUCGCCAAAAAAAAAAAAAUGAUUCCCUCGGUAAUCACACAUGACUACAGACUAUCUCAGAUCGUAAAUAUCAUGGGCAAGGCCUCAGUUGAGUCCUCCCACUGUAUAAUUUCUAUAUAUUUAUGUAUACACGAUACAAUCGAAUAUAUUGAUGUUUGUAUUCUCUUUAUAUAAUAUAUAUAUUUGCGGUUUUUGUAGCGUUAAUCAAUCAUCUAACCACUGCAGUGUAGUAUAUAUAUGUACAUUUAAUAUCUACACUAUCUACACAACAACAAACAGUUAGUUAGCAUUGUUUUUGGUAGCAUCUCCUUCUCUCGGUUGAGGUAAGUUACUCUCAUCUCCUCAUCGAUCCAUCAACGUGUCAGAAAAAUAUAUUUCUCCUCCUUCAAACUCACUUGAUUAAAUAAACGUCUGGAAAUUCCGCAAAACUCGUUUUAUUUGCAGCUUUAGAAGAAAUAAUCGUUGAUCUAUCGGCGGG